UUUUUUUUUUUUUUUUUUUGUUUUUUUUUUUUUUGUUUUUUGACUCAAUUCAGCUGAUUGUUUUCAAAAUAACCUGUUCUUUUCAAACAGUUGUGCGUCGGGACAGCUGCACUCAGAUGAAAUGACUGUGAGCCUGUAUGCUAACUACUGUACUCAUUGUCUGUCCAUCUCCACUGUGUGCCCAGUGACCCUGCUGAUGAAUAUUUUAGACAUCUGCAUGAAUAAUCAGACUGCCCACAGGAGAGCUGAUGGCUUGUUUGUGGGGCUGGAAUGCUGUUGGGAUGAUACUGCAAUUCUGUGUACCCAUGCGAAAGUAAUACGUACCGCAGUGAGGGGGUCUUACUCUGGAUUGUCUUUGAGCAUCCAUAGAUGCCCUAAAAUUUGGCUGUCAGAGUUUACUUGUAGGCAAAGGCAAAGGCAUGUGUUCAUGCUUUUGAUUAAGCACCGGAGCUUUUAUCAGACUGUCCAAAAAGACUGUAACCCCCUAAAGGCUAAGAACCAUUGGCUAAUGGUUGAGAGCUUUGCAAACACCUCUUGGCUUUCAAUCAUUGGGAUCCUCCCAGGGGUUUUGUGAGGCUUUUAACACGUCAUGACUUGGAGCUUAUGGAACUCCCAGUAGGCCUCGAGAGCCAUGGACAGUUUUCAGUGAGUAUGUAAGUUGGUGUGGCUGGAUGUUUUGUUUUGUUUUUUUUUUAGGACAGAUGGAGCUGGGGUGGUGUGGAGAGCAUGUUAGAGGUCUAUAGAACCAGGUAGGAACUCAUGGGGAAUUGGGUGAAUAAAGAUGCCAGGCCCUGAGGGUGGAGUCAGAAUGGAAGAGAAGGAAUGGUUUGCAAUGUAGUUGUAAGCCUUGGGGUUUGUUCAUCAGUUGGGAAUGGGGAAAGAGAGAAAGUAGAGACCAAGCAGGUUUUACAAGAUGGCUUUCUGGUGUGAGUGACCAGACAGCAGAGGAGAAGGGAGACAGCAAAUUCUGUUUCCGUGGUGUUGGUUUGGAAGAGCUGAUGGGGGAAUAGGCCAGCAAGCCCUUGGGAUGGGAGGUGAGGAUCUGGUGAGGUGGGGCUGACGUGGCUCCGUGUGUGCAGGGGAAAUAGAGAAUGCUGGGGAAAGACAUUAAGACAUCGGGUGGGGUUUGGUGGCAGUGGUGAUCUGAGGGGAGAAUAGGCUUCCAAGUGGCUAGGGAAUGCCACUCCCUCUUCUACUCCUCAGCUGAAAAGGGGGGUAUCUAUCUUUCAUGACUCUCCUUAUUUCCUCUCAGCUCAUUUCCUCUCACUUCACCUUUAUUUCUCAGUUGCGAUGACUUAAUUACUCUUAAAGAAAUAACCAGAGUCUGCCAGCAAGCUGCUGUGAACGGCAGACAAAGGGUGGCUUCAAUGUCCCCUCCUUUGGUCUCUAAAACCCUCGUUCUAACUUUGAAAACUGACAACUAAGCUUGCACGUUUGCACUGUUGUGACGCAAUGGCUGAGAGAAGUUUAAGGGGGAAAAGUUUAUUUGGCUUCCAGUUCAAAGGUGUCAAUUCACUGUGAGUUGACCAUGUUCCUUUGCAUGGAGGGUCAGGCUGGGAGAGAUAACAGAAGAAGUCUGCCUUGAGAGAAGAGUUGGAGUACUAAUGCCCUCUUCCGUGGCAUGCCCCCAAUAUCCUAACUUCCUCCCCCAAGGCUCCGUUUCUGAAGGUUCCAUCUUCCAACAGAGCUACAUGUUAAGGACAGACUUUUAAUGCAGAAAUCAGAAGACCUUUGCGGGCCAGACUAGCACAGUACAGAAGCACCAGGCCCGUUGAGCUUCGAGUUCCCACUGCCCAGGCCUCCUCCCUAGCAGUAACCAUGGAGCCAGAGUUGCUUCCAAGUGGUCUCUCCCUGUUCUCCAGGAGUCACACAGAACCCUGAGGAGGUGUCACAUCCCUUUAAUGGCAUUUCUAGUACUUACAUCCCAGUUCUCUGACUCCCUCAUCUCAAAUGACCUUCAUCUUUAUUCGACUUCAGCUGUGCACACACAUGCCACACCUGAUAGAUCUGCUCCACUCUCGGAGUUUCAAACUCUAUUAGCUUCUCUUUGAAGCAGCCUUCCAAUGUACACCGCCCGUGUUACACUUCCCCCAUGCUUCUCUAGAAACGUCCUGUCUGCCCCCUUUCAUUCCUUGGUCUCCCCUUGUUUUCCAUUGUGGGAAGAUGAGAGUGAGGAGGCUGGACAGCCCCUUCUGUGAUACCCAGUGUCCCUCGGUGGCUAUGCUUGGCCCGUACAUCUCUUUUGCACAGCCUUCUUUGAGAAUUUCCAAACUAGGUCCUUCCUUUGCCAUCUGUUUUCCUCCUGCAACUUUGAAGUCACUGAGCAUUGUUAGAAAACUUCACAAAAACUGGGGCAAUUGGAUCAAUAAAUGUGUUGAAUAAGGGAAUUUGUCAGCUUCAUCCCCGUUCACCUGGGAGAGAGGAGCCUGGGAAAACUAAAGGCCCAUGCUUCGUCUUUGUUACAUCUCUAUCCCAGUAGCUCUGCCUGGGUGAGUAUUUGUGAAUGUCAUCUGGUAGGCCUCAGAAAUUUGGGGCCAUCUCAAUUUAGCAUGCUUUUAUUAGAAAGCCAUCCUUGGGGCCCAUUUUUACCUCUUUAGAGUUACAGUCUUGGUAAAAAUCUUGACAAAACCUUUCCCUAGACAGCCACUCACCCUUUGCGGUUGGGGCCUAGGCUGUGUGAAUGCCUUUCUCUCGAAGCAGUGAGUGAUAUUUAUUUAUUUUAUUUUUGUCAGUUGUUUCCAUGGUUCAUGAAUUCUUUAUUACAGUAGGAGUCAUCAGUUGGAUGGAGAAUCAUUGAAAUUGUAGGUUUAGGACAUUAGUUGGAAUAACCUGAACAAUGCACUUACCUUUUGGGCCCUUAAUUUAAUUUAAAAUUAAAUGGGUCUUAUGAUGGCAAGCUUCACAGAUCUGCCUGAGGGCUUUCUGAAUGGGAACGUGUGGCUCUGUGUAGGAGGCUCCUUUGUUCAGUUGGAGAGGCUAGAAAGUCUUUGCCUAAAAACACGUAUUGUUUGGAGAGCACAAAUAACUGAACAUAAUGUUAGUGAGAAGUUCCACUGGAGAUUGAACUGCUGACUUCCAAGAAUAGAGCAGAGUGAGAGGAAGCGCAGUGAACAGUGUCUUCUCUGUUUUCCUUAAAAUACCCGUGAAAUUAUCUGAAAGGGCAACAAACCCCCAGAAGUAACCACAGUGAGCCCCAGGCGUGGAGCCCCUGCUGGGUUCUGGGAGGAAUUGUCUCAUUCUUCUCUGUUGAAAUCAGAUCUCACCUUCCUGACUCAGCAUCCCACCCUCCUCCCUCCCCCAUGGACUCCCACUCUGCCUCUAAUCAUGGAAACCUGGUCUCCUUGUCCUAACCUGCUCUUGCGCCAUCUCCACCACUGCUGAUGGUUUCCGUUGAUUUGGGAAAUGACUGCUGACCCGCUCGCUCGCUCAUUGGCUGAUGUCCUCAGCUCGCCCGCUCGCUCAUUGGCUGAUGUCCUCAGUCUCUUGGUGGUAUGAUUGGUGGAAAUGACUGCUGACCCGCUCGCUCGCUCGCUCAUUGGCUGAUGCCCUCAGUCUCUUGGUAGUAUGCAGCAGAAAGCACCUGUGAUUCCGCCCAUCCCUUGCCCUCAGGCAGGUCUUGGCUUGGUCUGUGACUUUAUUUGUUCAGAAGGAAUGUGGCUGCUGGCCAGGCUUUGACUCUGCUUUAGGAAUGAGGAUGUCUGCAAGGGCUUCCUUAUCAGUCACCCAUGCCGGGUAAUUGCCCUGACUCCCUGAUGGUAGGGAAGGAAGAGUGGGCUCUGGAGGUACAUUCCUGCCAAUUGGUCUCCCCUGUACGAAGAACAGUAGCUGUCUCCCAAGUAAUCAGGGAUCAUCAAAUUGCAUUGCGGGGGGAAGUAGUCUUCAAGUGUAGCACACACUGAAGACCAAGGUCAACAAACUGAACUCAAGCCUGUAAAAUCAGGAAGCUAAGUCUGGUGUUGAGGAAGAAGAAUUAAAACAGAAUCCUACAGCUUCAGAACCAGGUUGAGGAAAUGUAGCCCAUCUUUGUUAACAGGCUCGCCUUAAGACAUGGCAGAACAGCCCAGGCUUGUGAACGCAUAAAAUGUCUAAAACAGGUUGUUUCUACCAACUGACGACUGACAAGGGGCAUCCUAAGACACCAAUGACAGUAACUAAAUGACUGUCCUUGUAAACAAAAGACCACGAAGAGUAAACCCAGAGAAGAGAUGCCGGGGACACAGGUGAUGGACAGAAUCUGUUUACUAAAGACGUGACAGUGAUUGAAGGAGAAGUGGCAACCAUCAGCUGCCAGGUCAAUAAGAGUGACGACUCAGUGAUCCAGCUCCUGAACCCCAACAGGCAGACCAUUUACUUCAGGGACUUCAGGCCUUUGAAGGACAGCAGGUUUCAGCUGCUGAAUUUUUCUAGCAGUGAACUCAAAGUGUCACUGACGAAUGUCUCAAUCUCGGAUGAAGGGAGAUACUUCUGCCAGCUCUACACGGACCCCCCACAGGAGAGUUACACCACCAUCACAGUCCUGGUUCCUCCACGUAACUUGAUGAUCGAUAUCCAGAAAGACACGGCAGUUGAAGGGGAGGAGAUUGAAGUCAACUGUACUGCCAUGGCCAGCAAGCCAGCGACGACCAUCAGGUGGUUCAAAGGGAACAAGGAACUCAAAGGCAAAUCAGAGGUGGAGGAGUGGUCGGACAUGUACACUGUGACCAGUCAGCUGAUGCUGAAGGUGCACAAGGAGGACGACGGGGUCCCGGUGAUCUGCCAGGUGGAGCACCCUGCGGUCACUGGAAACCUGCAGACCCAGCGCUAUCUAGAAGUGCAGUAUAAACCGCAAGUGCAUAUCCAGAUGACUUACCCUCUGCAAGGCCUAACCCGGGAAGGGGAUGCAUUUGAGUUAACGUGUGAAGCCAUCGGGAAGCCCCAGCCUGUGAUGGUAACUUGGGUGAGAGUCGAUGAUGAAAUGCCUCAACAUGCCGUACUGUCUGGGCCAAACCUGUUCAUCAAUAACCUAAACAAAACAGAUAACGGUACUUACCGCUGUGAGGCUUCCAACAUAGUGGGAAAGGCUCAUUCGGACUAUAUGCUGUAUGUAUACGAUCCCCCCACAACUAUCCCUCCUCCCACAACAACCACCACCACUACCACCACCACCACCACCACCAUCCUUACCAUCAUCACAGAUUCUCGAGCAGGUGAAGAGGGGACCAUUGGGGCAGUGGACCACGCAGUGAUUGGUGGCGUCGUAGCCGUGGUGGUGUUUGCCAUGCUAUGCUUGCUCAUCAUUCUGGGCCGCUAUUUUGCCAGACAUAAAGGUACAUACUUCACUCAUGAAGCCAAAGGAGCCGAUGACGCAGCAGACGCAGACACAGCUAUAAUCAAUGCAGAAGGAGGACAGAACAACUCCGAAGAAAAGAAAGAGUACUUCAUCUAGAUCAGCCUUUUUGUUCCAAUGAGGUGUCCAACUGGCCUGUUUAGAUGAUAAAGAGACAGUGAUACUGGAACUUUCGAGAAGCUCGUGUGGUUUUUUGUUUUGUUUUGUUUUUUUAUGAGUGGGUGGAGAGAUGCGAGACUGGGAAGGCUUGGGAUUUGCAAUGUACAAACAAAAACAAAGAAUGUUCUUUGAAAGUACACUCUGCUGUUUGACACCUCUUUUUAAUCUGGUUUUAAUUUGCUUUGGGUUUUGGGUUUUUUUGGUUUUUUGUUUUUUUCAUUUAUAUUUCUUCCUACCAAGUCAAACUUGGGUACUUGGAUUUGGUUUCGGUAGAUUGCAGAAAAUUCUGUGCCUUGUUUUUCAUUCGUUUGUUGUGUUUCUUCCCUCUUGCCCAUUUAUUUUUCCCAAAAUCAAAUUUGUUUUUUUCCCCCUCCCAAACCUCCCAUUUUUUGGAAUUGACCUGCUGGAAUUCCUAAGACUUUCUCCCUGUUGCCAGUUUCUUUUAUUUGUGUUAACGGUGACUGCUUUCUGUUCCAAAUUCAGUUUCAUAAAAGGAAAACCAGCACAAUUUAGAUUUCAUAGUUCAGAAUUUAGUGUCUCCAUGAUGCAUCCUUCUCUGUUGUUGUAAAGAUUUGGGUGAAGAAAAAAAAAAAAAAAGAAAAAAAAAAGAAAAAAAAAAGAAAACACUGAAAACUCUUUGCUGCUGCCCAUGUCUUAAAUACGUAGAGCAGCGAAGACUAGAAACGUAGACUGUGACCCAGACGCUGUCGUCUGCUGUGGAUCUUCAUUACUGUACAGGGUUAUCUGCAAGUGAGGUGUGUCGCAAUGAGAUUGAAUCUGUCGUUAAUUCUUUAUCUGUAGGCGGCUCAGUAUAGAUUACCCCACGCUGUGCAGAAAGUUUUUGGAGUGGAAAGGUCUCCUCCUUCCUCGUUGCCCUAAACAGACCCGACAUGUGAGGUCUGUCUGUUUUAUGUAAGUGGACAAAUUUGAGAUGUCACAGGAGGGGAAGCAGGGAGGGGGUACGACAGUUCUGCUCUGAUUAUUUCUACUCUCAACAAUUCCAUCCACCUUUCCCAAUUGGCCUUACUGCUCACUAAUGCAGGAGAGAGCAAGUCCGUGUGCCGUGUGACUGACUGGAGGGGACAGGCUUUGUUUAGGUUUUUUUUACCCCCACUUUGGUUUUGGUUCUGGGUUGUUUUGCUUUGUUUUGUUUUCCUUUGUUCUUAUUAAGGACGGCAGUGGGCUGUGUCCUGUGUGUACUGUAUGUUACAGACACCGUCCUGCUGGGACACUUGUCCUGCUGGGAUUCCCAGCUCCCACCCCCAACUCCUCUCAUUCCUUCAGAUUUGGCUUGACAAAGGCAGGAGGUACAAAAGAAGGGCCAAUUUUGUUCUGGAAAGGUCAGAGCCCAGAGUCGAGGUGGGAAAGUGGCAUAUAGGGAUUUCCAGUUACUUAAUCAAAACUCAAAAUGUGAGUGUUUCUGUCUUUCGUGCACUAGGCCUGGCCUCUUACCUCAGCCUUAAGAACCAUCUGCCAAAAACUACUCAUCUCGCAUGAUGGCAGCCAGAGCGCAUAGCUACUAAAAUAAGUUUCCGUGAACAUAUCUUACACCGGAGCCUGAGGAAAGAUAGAGGCGCAAAGGAACCCUUUGCAUUCUCUAAAGCUAAGUGGGGGUUUGCAGAAGUGCUGGGGUCAUCUAGCAGUAGUUCUGAAGGACAGAACCUAAACUCUUACCACACGUGUCGGUAAGCUCCAGACUCCAAAACAGCCCCUCUGGAAAGAUGGCAUCAGAAAAGAUAGAUCUAUCUAUAUAUAUAAAUAUAUAAAUAUAUAUUAUAUAUAACAUUUUCAGUCAGUACUUUUGGAUUUUGCAAGGUGCAUUUUUACUAUUGUUACAUUAUGUGGAAAACCUACGCUGAUUUAUUUAAGGGGAAAAAAGUGUCGACUCUGUUCUUUGAAAGCGUAUUUCUUUUUCUUGUCUUUAUUUUAACUUCUGAUAGAACCACUGCAAUAUGGGGGCCUUUUGGGAACGGACUGGUUUGUAAAGGAAAAUUCAUUAUGGAGCAGUGUUUUGUUAACCCCUCUCCUGCCCCUAGGCACUUAACCAAGACAAAAAGCCACAAGGAACAUCCCUUUUUCAAAAAUUUUAUAAUGUGCAUCUAUUCCGAGCCCUUAGCACCCAUCCUGACCAUAGUGACCAUAUCAAAGGGUGACAACCAGUUAGCAUGUCGUUGAAAGGGUUUUUCAGCUGUUCUUUUUAGAAAAAAAAUAUAUAUAAAAAAUAUUUAAAAAAAAACAAAAAACAAACAAACACAAAAAAACUACCAUUGUUCACAGAAUUGGCAUCUCAUUUUCGGGACCGCCCAUCUUUCUGUUUUGACAAGUGUACAGUAGUGCAGUGUUCUGAUGUAACUUUAUGGCUUACAAUGUUGACAUGUCUCAGGUUCCUGUGUUUCAAUUGGUGUUUUUCCGUCUCAGGUAGAUUGCAAAGUGUAGGCCCCACACAUUGGAAAAAUAAUAAUAAUAAUAAAUAAUAAUAAUAAUAAUAAUAAUAAAACAAAGCAAAAACAGGAAAUUAUGGAUUUUAGUUGUAUAUUGGUUUAUGUAUUUUUCUUAAGUAUACAGUGCACUGUUUGAAAUGUAUUGUUGAGUAUUACUUUGUACAGGUUGAUCACUUUUUUUAGAGUGAAGAAAGAACAAACUUGGGUUUUUUUUGUGUUUUUUUUAAAGGAGUAUAAAAUAAUGAAGGAUGUAUAAUUGAUGCCAAAUAAGCUUGUUCUUUAGUCACGAUGACGUCUUGUUUUUCCCUCUAGGCCAGUUCUGUUUCUAAGGUGUACAAGGACCAUGUUACAGUGUAAGAAACUCCACAUCCGUGUGUUCCCAUUCGCAUUUUGUAUCGGUUCAUGUAUACCAUUUUUACAAAAAGAAAAAAGAAAAAAAAAGAAGUACUAUAAAAUAUCUGUCUUCUUAAUAAAAAAAUUAAUGUUACAAGUGAUCCUUUAAAUCUCUUUCUGGAUUCUUAAAACACACGGCCUCUGGUCCCAGCUUCCUCUCCUAGGACCUUGUGUGGGGCCCAGAGCACUGGUGGCUGGGAAGUGGCUGCGAGCUGGGUCUCUCUCUCUCUAUCUAUCUCUAUCUCUUUCUCCUUCUCACCCUUAUCCUAUCCUCUUCCACCCUCAGAGUAGACAGGAGAAUCCGGUGUUCGGCUGAACAGAGUUGCCUGCAGUAGGCGCGGUGCUUUGUGCAGGUGUGCGAAGCACAGUUGCCCGGGAAGGCGCCUCCUGUGGAUAUGGCCACCACCACCCUCCCCGCCUCCACCCACCACCCACUCACUUCCCUGUUUUGCCUGCUCCACCCGCCUUUUUCUUUGGGAGUCCGAGUCUUAACAAUUCAUACUGCCUUCUUCCUUUUAAAGUUCUCUCCUUUUACAAAAUGAAGAGAUGCGCUGCUGGGUCGGCUGCCUGCGGAUUGCUCUCACUUACCGUUUAGGUCUUGGAGACUUCAGGCCCGGGUAGACUUGGAGAGCCAGCAGCAUGGAAUCACCAUCCUUGCCUUGCAGGCGAAGUUAGCAAUGACCACACUUGUUGUCCACGAGCACAAACCUGGCCACCCCUAAGUGCCCUUUCUCACCGUUCACCCAGCUCUCGCUGAGUCCCCCCUCUGUCUGUCAGGUAACCAGGAAGGUGUGGCAGGGAGAGACAAGGUAAGCUCCAGGAAAGACAAAGGCCGGGCAUCUCAUUUGGGGUUUUUAACAUCAUGGUCUGGUCUCUGGUCUGUCUCUCGAGCAAAACAUCACCAACAGAAUCAGUUAUGCAGUCACUAAAUGUCUGGCACAUCGACACUGUGGGGCUGUGGGGGACACCGAUAUCUGUAAGUGGCCACAAGAGACUAAGGUACCAGUUACCUCAGUGAAGUGACCUCGGUGGUAAUUGCCACACCCCGGGCAAUAAUACAGACCAGUAGGGAUUUCUUGGGGAAGGGGGAUAAACAGAAGCUGGCAAGCCUGCUCAGUGGAAGAGGCAGGAGCCUGGUCAGGUUUCCAAGGACAUUAGAGAAGAAAAGUGACUUAGGUGCAGAAGGCAGUGCACCCAGGCAGCAGGUGGCCAUGUGAGGAGUGACACGCUCAUGAAUGGCGUCCAUCCUGUGCCCAUCCUCAUAGUCUAGGCAGAACUAAGGGAAUCCAUUGGCCUCUCCGGCUUUUGCCAGAGAGCAAAGAUGAACAGGGAAGAUGAUCUACCAUAUCUCUAUAGGACAAGGGCAACUUAGGAUAGCACUUGAGAGCCAAAGUAGACCCAUCUUGGUUUUAGAUAACUGCCCCACCUUUACUAGCAGUGAAGCCUCCGGCAUGUUACCCAAGGCACCUGAUCUUUGUCUUUUGUUGGGUGAGGCAAGAUUAUACGUUAUAACCUCAGAGAUCAUUAGAGGACAGAGAAUAGAUAGAUACACAGUCCUGGGCUGGGAGUUCAAAUUAGUGACAAAGCAAGCAUGAGGUCUUGAGUUCCAUCGUCAGCACACCAGAACGAUGAUAAACUGGUGCUUAGGCAGUAUAGGUGCAGAUAGGAAGUAAGCACUCAUUACAUGUUGAUUUAGAAGGACAAGGUUGCCUGUGGCUAUAAGAACUGGCCACUCCUUGGAGAAAACUAUCUGUGUGGACUCUUCAUGCCUUUGUGAAUUUUUGCAUAGACUAUUUAAGGACUUCCUCAUCAUGGUUCAUCAAUAUACUUAUUUGUAGUUACUCUGAGCCACAUGGCAUGCUGUACGUGCGAUAUCCUUACCCAUCUCCUUGCCUAUAACAUGAGGUUCCAGGUUCAACCUCAGCCCACAGAGCAGCGACCCUGCUGGUCAUCAAACUGAGGCAAAUAUUGGGUGGUAGCUUGGCUCUUGAAGCACAGUAGGGCAUGCAAAUGAGAAGGAGCCUCAAGCCACUGAGUUACUACACAGUGGAUAUGUUUCCUGGGUCCCUCUUAGUAUAACACAAAAAAUAUAGUCCUUGCUUCCUCUAGAGGACUCUCGAAAAUGUUUGGCCUGAUUGUGUUCUCCAAAUACAUCAACUGGAACCCCAAGGUGGUAUCCAGGUGUUAAUUGGUGCAAUCUUUCAUUGUCCCCUAUCUAGUUGCAAUGUUACUUUUAUACCAUGGGCUUGCUCUAUAGAGAGCUGUUCCUCGGAGUCUGUCAUCCAGACCCUUAAAGCAGUCACCACAAGACCCUCCUUAAGUAAGACAUUUCUGUUGUGUUAUAAAAUGUGGCCUCAGAUUCCUAACGCACCUGUUUGCCAAGAUACCACAAAUAUUUAAUCAUAAAGUCAUAUUCCUUCAGUGGCUUCCAUACUUUCACAGAUAGUUCAGGGGGAAAAAAAAAACUCCAAAAUGACCUGACCCCAUUGCACAGCUUAUGGGAGAAGAGUUCUUCACUAUUGUCCAGACAGGCUCACAGCCACUCUGACAGAGGGUGUAGCAGGGCUUAAAGGGCCAGCAGUCAAGUGCUGGUUGCCUGACUCAACUUUGUAGUUUCAGUCUCUAUUUCAAGCUUUGACUAUGCAGGCCCAUCCUUAACUAGGUAGCUCGUUGUGAGGCCUUGAAGAGGUGUGCCUGUGCACACCAAGUUUAGCAUCCUUGAUCCGCCUGUCUCUGAGACCUGCUAGCACUGGUAUACAUGGUCCUCCUUUGGGGGAGGAUGAUCUUUUUGGUAAUGGCUGUAAGGUAAUAUUGGCAUGUAUCACCAGGGCCCUUCAGAGUGAAGUUCCACAGGUUAGAACAAUUCAAAGUAUGCCCUGCCUUAUUUCUCCUCAUAUAGAAAUGCUAAAGUAUAUCUCUAGUAGAAGCUGUGGGAUGCUGGAGUCCCACACCGUCUUACCUGGUUAUGAAGGAGGGUAUGGGCACCAAGAUAAGAGCACCCCAAAGUCCAGACCUGAACAUCUAAUGCUUUCGAGUCUUACUGAUAUCAGCAUCCAGGCUCUUUUGCAGAAUAGGAAACGGCAUGCUUUCUUUUAAGGGUGAUGUUUUGUUUGCUUGUUUGCUUGCUUAGGAGUUUUGUUUUUGCUUUUCAUGUAAAUCCCCUGGUGGCCAGUGUGAGAACUACAAGUCUUGGUUAUCUAAAUGCAGAUAGAAUUAAUUUCAAGACUACUGCCUUUUCUCUGCGCACACUCAAUGCACUACGCGCUUGCUUGCGUGCGUGCACACACACACACACACACAUACACACACAGCCUGCCUUUGCUCCCUCCUAAUCCUUAAAGUAUUGGGUUGGGGAGUCAGGACCACUACAAAGGAGCAAAGCAACCCACACCCUGGGCCAAGACCUCUCCGGCUGUCCUCCAUACAUAUUCUGGCUCACGCUCAUAUUUCAGACAUGCCUGCCUUAAAUCUUCCUUAAGUGCUAUCUUCUCAGGUUAAUUAAUCACCAGGCUUAAACUUGCUGUUACCAGCAGGAAGUCCAUCCUGAAGUCAGCAAUGUUACGAUUGCAUCUUCUAAUACUGUUUAUCCUGCAUUAGUGUUUACUUAGGGGGAAAAUUGAUCCGUAAUUGAUAUUUCAGUCUUCCAGAGCUGGUGUUGGAAGAGUCUAAUGCAAGCCUUUAAUAGCAAGCAAAUAUUUAAAUCCCUUAAUGGUUGCUGGAUAUUGAAAUGUGUGACUUUAUUACUCUUUUCGGUUUGUUUUCUCUGUAGUUGUGUAUUUCAUCCCUUAAACUUGCAACGGAUGCUGGCAGGCUCCAGUCUAGCCAAUCCACAAGAGCUGUCUGCCCAGACACAGCAGUCCUGAUUAAAAAGUAUUGCUAUGGAUGGGGGUCUUCUACACUAAUCAGUCUCUGUUAGCUAGUGACGAAAUGCUAUCCAUCUCUCUCUCUCUCUCUCUUUCUCUCCCUCUCUCUAGGCCUGUUUUCUCUAACCUCCUCUCCCAGAAUAAAGUGAUGGGGGCAGCUAUAGUGUCGCAGUUAGGAGCAUGAAUCUUUUAUCGUUUGGACAAGGAAGGGGAAAUGCCAUUACUGUCAACUGAAAUGUCCUACUUGGGUUUUUUGCUCCUGCUUCGCUGCCAAAGCCCAUUGCUGCUGCUCACAGCUGUUCUUGAUGGCUUGAUCCUUAACACAGCCAGAAAUGCAGCCGGGAGACACUUAAGACAGUUUAUGGAAAAUAAUAGAUUUCCUUGCAGAGACACCAAAGCCUCGAGAAGGAUCUGGAUUCGCGUUAGACCCAGCCAAGAUCACCAGUUCUCCCCCUUUCUGGCCUCAGUUACAAAGCCUCAUGCUCAGAAAGGAGCAGGCCCUCUUGAAUUCUGUUUUCCUGGUUGGUUUCUAUCCACACCCGCAAGUCUCUGCCUCUGGAGCCCUUUGUCUCAGCACUCGCCUGCAGCCACCUGAGAGAAGAAACAGUAUCUCCACACAUGGACAGAAAAGAUGCUGCGAUGUGGAAAAGAAGUCCCAGGAAAGCCAGCCGAGGUGAGCUGAGACUCACCUCACCAGCCUGGGUGCCCCAGAGACAGAAGGCGGCUAUCAGUGCCCUCUCAGCAUAGGGUUGGAAUCCUUCCUUACCCAUGUGGCCAAUCAGGAAUGCCAAGAAGGCAUAGUUAGCUCUGCUCCCUUCAGCUAUGCAACCCCAUCACCUUGCCAACUCUCAGGCAGCCCUUAGUUAGAAGUCUCUGGGAUGGACGUUCCCUUGGGCAGCCCAGAAGGGAGAGGCUUCAAAUACUGGGAAAAUACUUGCAAAAAAAAAAAAUUAAAUAAAAAUUUAAAAAAUAUAUAUUGGGAAAGCUGCAAGAAGGACAAGACUCCAGACUUGCAGCUUCCGGACUAUUGAUGCAAAUUCAGGUCAAAAGCCAUGGGUCCCCUACUGUGCCUGGAAGUGAAGGUAGAGGGGUGUGACCAGCGGGCACCAGCCUAUCUCUCUCCCUUUUCCUCUCUCUCAUUGUGAUAGCAAGCAUCCCCUGCUCAGUGCCACCACUCCCCACUGUUUUAUUCUCAGCUCCUCCUAAAUGGAAACCAUUAAUCAUACUAAAUUGUGCAAUGAUUCCACGAUAGGGAGAAUGCUGAUGGCAAAAAUCACUCUCCUUUGUUGUGCCAGGCAGGCAAAAGGCAGAAGUAUUCGUUUGUCUUUUUGCGAGAGGCUGGUUCCUUGCAAGUGCUGACCAUGUGUUUGCCCAGGCAGCUGCCUCUAUGUGCACAGUUUAUUUUAGCAUCCGGCUAAGGCACCCCAACUGUUGACAGAAAACAAGGCUCCUAAGCCUCCUCCCCCUCAUCCCAAGGACUGUCAGGAAUACUUAAAUCUGUGGGUGCCCUCACCCAAGGUCUUUCCCAUCUCAAGGUCCUCAGACUAGGGGAGAGCUUAAAUGACAAUGGUGAGAAUCCCAAAGGUGGUCUCCCUCGGGGUCAGCUGGCAAGGUAAGCUGUCUGUCCGUCCACCCCCACACACACUCCCUACCCUCCCACCCCCACUUCUGCCAGCUGGAUUGUGGAGAAGCCAGGUGUGGGUACCAAGGAGGCUUUUUUUUUUUUCCUUUUCAGAAUUUGAUGUCUGCUUCGCUUUCGACAGCCUCUUUGUAAGCCACCCCUUCUGAAUUAGAAUCAUUUUCCGAAAGCUCUUAAGCUAUGAUUAAUGCCAGGGCUGUUUUUAACAAUCAUCCUGCCAGUCUUAAGCUGUAGUCAUUUUCAAUAAUUUGGAGCGCUCAAAGGCGAGCCAGGAGUUUGUUGACAACAAAACCCAGAAGAGCACAGUCAGGCAGCCACAAAAGAUGGGAAAGCAAAGGGACCACUUGGGCUUAGCUGGCUUUCUGCUCCUAGAGUUUCACUGCUAAAAGUUUGAUGGAACACUCACAAUGCAUUAAGGAUCCAACCGUGAACAUGGCUGGGCAAGAGGAAUGCCAGCCUGGCUUUUGUGCUAACAAACGGGCAGCGUGUUUGGAGGGCUUCUGGUUUAUUUAUGGACACGUGUGGUUCAUUCAUACCGUCCCCAAACCAAAGAGCCUUCAUUUGUCUUCCUUCUGCCAACCUUGAAGACAGAAAGAGAAGCACCAUCCCCCUGCUCUGGAGGCUGUUGGCUUCUCACGAAUGCUGAACAGGUCUCUGGUUAGGAGUUGGGGGAACCAAUGUGUGCCGGGCCAUGUGUGAGAAAUGAGCACUCUCUUUUUGAUCUUGGCAACUUCAUUCAAGAGUGUCCACCUUUUCUGAAGCCCGGACCCAAAGAAGCCGGGGCAAAAGGCAGUAUGAUCUCAGGUCUACCUAGCUCAGGUCUACCUAGCUCAGACUUCCACAGCACUUGGUUUUAGUUUAUUGCUCUCUCCAGUAGGAAAGUAUCUGCUCUGGGCGAUGCAUUUCAACCCAGUGAGUUAGGUGUGAUUGGUAGAUAGGUGUGCCUCAGUUUAACCCCGCCCGCAGGGUGUAUAGCCAGUGAGUAGCCUCCCAACAGAGCUGGGGAUGUUCGUGAGCUGAUUCUCAAGACUUAUUUCAACCAGGACUAGCAGCCUGGUCCCAGUCCCUCUCCCAGAAUGAGCCUUCAAGAGGCUUUCCUCGGAGGCAGGAGUGAAUAGUCCCUGGUUUCUGGGACUAUGUUUCUGUUUUGGCUAGUGCUACUCUAAAAGGUAUCAAAAUCUCCCAGGGACAUUCCAACACCUCGUAAGAGUUUUUGGUAGGGGUUCCUGGCAAGUUUUCAGUGGACACUAUCUUUCUGUAGGUAUCCUACCAGGGGUCCUGAGCCUUUGGGGAAAUGGUAUUUCCCCCGAGAGUACGUCUUCCCUUGUAUCCCCUGCCUCUGUGCAUUGCAUCAGCCACUCCCCCAAUCUAGAGACGUCAUUCUCCCUUUUCCCUGUCCGUUUCUCACCUCCAAGACUUACCAGCCCCUGGCCAUUGUCCUCGAAAUGCUCCUCAAACUCCACCUAACCUUGUUAUUUGCAUGUCACCAACCCUGCCCGCCCCAUGCCCCCUCAACCCAAAGAAUGUGAAAGCCUCUCCCUGGCUUCCCAUCUCUGUCCACUACCCCAUCACUAGACCCGAUGACCCGCUCUAGGUCCCUCCUCUGCUCUGGCAAGGCUCCUGCUAGUCUUUGGGUUUACCAUCAACACUCACAUGCCUUCCCCUCGCUCUGGCCCUCAGUCCUGCUCCAUGACCCCCAGCUACAUGUUCUAUGCACCCAGACCACUUCAGCAGCCUUCCCACCUCUGUGCCUUGGAAAAUGAGGGAGGAGGGAGGGGCGAGGGAGGGGAGAUCGAGUCCCUCCUGCGGGCUGAUUCAGGAUCUGUCCCUUCGCCUUUUCAGUCCCUCAUUCUUACCUCAAGUUCUGUCCUUAUCUCAUAUCUGGUCUAUUUACUUUUCUGUCUCCCCCAAGUCAAAAAGUAAACUCCCUGAAGGUAGACACAGAUCCUGCUCCCAACUCCAAAGCCAGUCCUGGCUCUGUGCUCAAAAAUCAUUGGAUGAUGAGAGACUAUAUGUGAUUGGAUAAUAAGAGACCAUCUAUGAUUGGAUGGGUCUCCCUGCCUGCUUCUUUUCUGGAAAUAGGCAGGUACAGCUUGUUCCCUCCUUCUUAGCCAGACAUUCUAAAACAUUUGCAACUCCUCCUGUGUGCUUUGAUGAAUUUGAAUUUUGUUUCUUCUUAUCAUGGUCAAAGUUGUGGGGUGUUUCCGUUUGUUUGUUUUGUCUUUCCCCUGCUGCCCUGUUAUCACUCUAGGCUGGCUCAUCCAUAAACGCAAUGCACUGAAGUCCAUAAGUACAACGCCCAUACCAUAGUAACUAACCUUUCCUGGGCUUGUGACUGCAUCUGAGGCCUGGGAAGGAGAUAAAUGAGAGUUCCAAAAUCCAAAGGAGACAAGAAAACUGUCCCAUCAGAUGUAUUAAGCAGUCAAUUAAACACCUACAAAAAGACCAUUGUCAACCGAACAGCAAUCUACAAGGAAACUAAUUGUUUUAAAACCUCAGGCCUUAAGUGUGUGCAGUGUGGGCUGCAGGCUCUCUGUGGAAGCUGGCUUCAUUAGCAUCUUGAGGUUCUAGGACCUGUGAAGAUUUCCAAGCCAUCCCACCCCCACCCCCGGCCUUUCCUACCCCUUCCUCUUCCUUCUUAUCUCAUCCCUUGUCUUUCUCUCCACCUCGGUGUUCUCUCUUUCCCCUUCCCCUUCUCCCCUUCUCCUGAAUCUCCCUCUCCCUGAGUAUAUGAAACAGGCUCUGGGGGAAGCCAGCCAAGAGAAGGAGCAGUGCUGACACGUGGGCAGCUGACCCUUGGCAAGGUCCCACCCCCAUGCACCUGAGGGCUCAGCAUGGCAAGCUCUUCUGCUCCAGAUAUGCACAGAACACUUGAGCUAUAUUAAGUGUUCAAUUAAACACCGGCUUUAGCCAUUGGUCUUCCCUGUAUGGCAAGAGUGGCUACAAUCAGUAUGGAUAUGUGGCCUGCACACUCAGGCUUCAAGGCUGCAGAGCAAGUUGUCCAGGGAUGCUCCGAGCUUUAGAGGCCAGCUGCCUUCUGGGCCCCACAGCUAGGUUCCAGUUUGGGUUUUGUUUUGUUUUUGUGCCUGGGUAGAGGGGUAGGGUAGUGAUAAUGAGCUGCAAAGCUGGGGGCCUGAGUAGUGUUUCCAGCUGGACUUUGGAUUCAGCCUGUGGUGACCAUGGGCAAUUGCUGCUGUAUCCCUGAGCCCUGCUCUUCUCUAAGGAGCCUCGCUCUUGAAUUGUUUCCAGUCCUUUGUAAUUGUUUCCAGUGCUUUGAUGUCUCAGUUCCAAGGCACCACCAGUGAGCAAAAGUGAUGUUGUUGUCCCAGGGCACUUAGAAGCCUGAUAAAAUGUACUGCCUGCCUUGAGUUGGAAAUGUAAAAGCUGUAAUAAGUGAUGACUAAUCCCCAUUGUUGUUUCACAGUGUCCUUGCCAUCUUGGGGUGGUCCAAUUUGGGCCCCUUUUCUUUACAAAUAAAUAAACGCUUUUGUGAA